AUGGAGAAGCUCCCAAACGAACUACUCAUCAAGGUUGCGUCUGAUCUAGAUCGCGAGAGCCUACGCUCGCUAGCAUUGGUCUCUAAAAAGAUGGAGCCCGUCGCUCGAGAUCUACUCUGGCGCGCCGUCCGCGUCCCUGAUCGGACCUUACCUGAUGAACCCAGCGGCAUUGCAGCUUUAGCACACAUUCUGGUCCAAAAUCUAAGUCUAGGAAAUAUUGUACGUAGUCUCGAACUACAUCCAGAAGAUCGUAUGGUUACUGUCGAGCCAUCGCUGAUGUCUCCUCAAGGGUCUUUCAUGCCUGACUCUUUACUGGUACAAGUCAACGAAUGCGCCCUGGUCGGGUUCAUUUUAGAGCAGACGUCUGAGCUGGAGGUGUUGAAGCUUGAGGUACUGGCUGAAGAGCAAUCGUACCGCCACGAAUACGAUUAUCAACGCUACACGGAUGCAAUCAGCCCAUUUGAGAUGAUCUUUGGGCCUCAAAGCUCAUCUUACCCGGAGGGACUGGCGAAGCUCAAAGAACUGCACUUCAACGCCCAAGUUUUUGAGUGGUCUUGGUGUGAGUUACCAUCGCUUAAGAUUCUGCACAUAGGUCGCGGUUGCCGCCAUCUAGAAGACACUAAAGUCCCGGACAACCUUACAUCCUCUAUUGAUACACUCACAUGGGACAUGUGUACUUCUCAAUUCAAAUCUGAAGAUCCCGAGAAGACCAACGACUUCCUUUCGCGCUUCUCGUCUCUCAAAGUAUUGGAAAUCUGGCUCUCUAACGUAAUAGUGAAGCAAGCCGACCGAGAUAGCCCACAGGAAUACAGGAAGGUGGUCAAAGACAGCUUGUACGACCAGUGGAUGUACAACGAUAGCCUAGACGAGCCGCUUUAUCAUUUCGUCACAGAGCAGCUUUCGAGUCUGACGGAUACACUAGACAGCAUGGCCUUGCGCAUAUCAGAAAAGGGCUGUGAGGAUCGAUGGUACGUUGGAAAACUCGAUCAUGCAGAUUACAGCAGCUUUACUAAGCUACGUCGUCUCGAACUGCCCCACUGGCUACUAACAGGUCCUUCAGAAGAACGACCAAUGGCAGAGGUAGGCGAUAUACUGCCUAGCACUUUAGAAGAACUGGUCAUCACUCGUCUCGACGACGUGGAAGACAGCAUCUGGAACAUAACGGAUGGUAUUAUUUUUGCGCGCCGUCACCACGGUGGUUUCCCUGAACUACGAAAGGUUACGCUAGACGAAAUUGGCCGCCCAAUUGAUAAGGACUGGGCCGGAGGCCCCAUUAGCCGUCUACAAGAGCUCGGUAUUGAGGUGGAGGCUUGGGUGCCGGAUUGGUCGUCAGAUGAGUACUGGGAGUCACGAUCGUCUUCAGACUCGGACCGCCACAAAGCGUGGAUGAGCUCAGAACCGCGCCACUUACUUUUGCCCCCCAGGCCCAGUACCGGGCUUAUUUGA